AUGAUAAUUGUAAGGGAGAGUUCUCCAGUUCACAUUGCUCAUUGCUCAUUCCACUUAAACAACAACAACAAAGUUGACAGGAAAAACAGCAGCAACAAAGCUAGCAGCAGAAACAACAGUAACGAAGCUAGCAGCAGAAAAACAACAGCAACAAAGAUAGCAGCAAAAACAACAGUAACAAAGCUGGCAGCAAAUACAACAGCAAUAAAGCUAGCAGCAAAAACAACAGAAAUAAAAACAACCGUAUCAAAGCUAGCAGCAAAAACACAGCAACUACAAAAACGAAAAGCUAAUCCCAGCAAAAACAGCGCAGCAGAAGCUAGCAGCCAAAUAACAGCAACGAAGCUAGCAGCAAAAACAACAGCAAUAAAGCUAGCAGCAAAAACAGCAGCAGCAGAGCUAGCAGCAAAAACAACAGCAACGAAGCUAGCAGCAAACACAGUAGCAGCAGAGCUAGCAGCAAAAAUAACAGCAACGAAGCUAGCAGCAAAACAACAGCAACAAAGCUAG